AUGCAAAAUAAAGAUGGCGCCGCCCAUGUGUAGCCGAAACCUCUUGACUGUUAUUGUUUAUCAUAGUUUUAGGUAAUUAUAUUGACCUUACUGUGAAUUACAAACGCUCCAACAUGUCAGAUACGUGGAGUGACAUCCAGGCCGUGAAGAGUAAGCAGAGCAGUUUGAGGGAAAAGCUCAUGCAAAGAAGAAGAGAGCGAGAAGGGCUUCUCAAACAAAUUUCUGGGGCACCUGCGUCAAACUCUUCUACUCUUCCUACGUCAGAUCCAACCAAAGGAACAGUUGCCACUUCUACACCUACUCUGACAUCACAAAGUCCUGCUGUGACGCCAGCGUCUGCUACGACCCCAAAAGUUGUGGAAAAAACUAAACUUGAGCCAGAAGUGGAAAGACAGGUGUUACUCAGUUUGCAAGAUGUAGGGCUUAACCUGCCUGUAGAGUCUGUGGUCCUUUGCUCAUCAGUGGAGAAAGCUCUUGAGAAAGAAGUGGCACUUUCGUCUUUGGAUGAUUUGUUGGAGAAAUUUGCCACUCAGCAGUUGAUAAGCAUAAAGAGACAAGAUGCUUCGACUGGCAAAGAAAAAGUUAUCGUGGAAUCCGUAGAUCUUGCAAAGCUAGGGGCCUUCUCUGCUGCAGCAGAUAUUCACCCAUCUGGGAAGAAGAGAAAAAGAGAUAAUUUAGAGAACAAGGAGCCGAGGUCGUCCAAGCAGAGCAAGGGAGAGGGAGUCAAAGAUGGCGGCAUUGAGAGUCUUCUAUCUAUGCAAUCUGCAAAAGAAAGAGAAAAUAAAAAGAUGAAUGAAGAGAUAUUGGAACUUCUAACAAAGCCAACUGCUAAGGAACAGUCCCUGGUGGAGAAGUUCAAGUCACAAGGAGUGGUGGUGCAGGAGUUUUGUCAGUAUGGGACGAAGGAGGAGUGUGGAAGGCUCUCCAGGGAACCCUGCAAGAAGUUACAUUUUAGAAAAAUAAUCCACAAGCAUACAGAUGAGUCUCUGGGUGAUUGUUCCUUCCUGAAUACCUGCUUUCAUAUGGAAACUUGUAAGUAUGUUCACUAUGAGAUAGACUACCCAGAGGUCAAGACUGUGACUGAAGGGGACAAGACACUGGUCAAGAGUCCAUUUGGUGAUGCUAUUAAGAUGACACCACCACAGUGGGUGUGCUGUGACCUGCGGACCUUGGACAUGACCAUACUAGGCAAGUGUUCCGUCAUCAUGGCUGACCCCCCCUGGGACAUCCACAUGGAGCUGCCCUACGGUACCAUGGCCGACGAUGAGAUGAGGAGUCUGCCAGUCAAGUGCCUGCAGGACGAUGGCUACAUGUUUCUGUGGGUCACUGGAAGGGCCAUGGAGCUGGGCAGGGAGUGCCUGCAGAUAUGGGGGUAUGACCGAGUAGACGAGUUGAUCUGGGUGAAGACCAAUCAGCUUCAGCGUAUCAUCAGGACAGGCAGGACAGGCCAUUGGUUGAAUCAUGGGAAGGAACAUUGUUUGAUUGGUGUGAAGGGCAACCCCCAGGCCAACAGAGGCAUGGACUGUGAUGUUUUAGUGGCUGAGGUGAGAGCCACCAGUCACAAACCUGAUGAAAUCUAUGGCAUCAUUGAACGCCUGUCUCCAGGGACAAGAAAAGUGGAGUUAUUUGGAAGGCCACACAAUAUACAGCCCAACUGGAUAACUCUAGGUAACCAGCUGGAUGGUAUCCGCCUUGUUGAACCAGACAUUGUGAAGAGAUACAAGAAAAGAUACCCUGAGGGGUACAAGAUGGGAGGAAACAACUCUUGAUAUCAACAGCACAACAACAUUUGUGUCUUAUUAGGUUUUUACAUGUAAAUGGUUAUAGAGGACUGGAAAAAUGGUGGUAAAGUUGAAGGCCGUUGAACUCGGUGGCAUUUGUAAAGUUCAUAACUGUUGACGUCAGUGACAUUGCCAAAUUUGAAGGUCUUUGAUUUCAGUGACAUAGGUGUUUUACCUCAGUGAAGUUGGAGUUGAAGGUCAGUUACCUAUCUGGUGGUAGUUGAUGAAACUAACAUUGUAGUAAAGUGUCGUCUUUUCAGUGGAAAAUAACCACGUUCUUCUAAUGCGAGGGAAACAAUUUAACUGAAAGCAUUUAACACUGAGGUCAUGCAGUGGAAACACUAUGUUGACGUAAUAUGUUAAUGUGUUAGGAGUUGGAUUACUCCUAAAUAAAAGUAGAAUACUUAAUGAGUGUAAAGAGCAUAAUGUUACUUAUAAGGUAGCAUGUCAAGCACCCUGUAAUGGAAGGGAGGAUGCUGUGAAAGUGGUACAUUUUAUAUACUAGAUAGGCUCCUCUGCAGGCUAGAACUAAAAUAUAAUUUUUAUGAAAUAAAAAUGCAGUACACUUCAGUACAAGUGUUGUUUCUUUUCACUCAUCAUCUACACUUGAGUACACAUGGCAGAAGUGGGAUGUUAAAGAGGGUCUUACAAGUUGUUAUGCAGCCUUUGUGUAGGGGAAUAUGCAAUGUUCAAGGUUUUUAAUAUAUUUACAAUGAUAAUGGUAACAUUUUGACACUAAUUUUUACCACAGAUUUAUGUUGCUGUAAAUAUAUCACCAUUAAUGGUAAUGCAGUUGUUAAGGCAUUCAAGUUUUAAUUUUAAUGAGGUAGCAGUGUGCAGUUUCAUUUUUAUGACAAUUUCUAUUAAAUACUUGUUUUAUGUCAAAAUGAU